GAUCACAUCCAGAGAUGUCACGCCUGCCUGGCACGCUGGGAGUGGGAUGCCAGCCUGUGAGCUUGUCCAGAGGAAGAAUCAUACUGCUGGUGCCUGAGACACUCUUCCCUGGCAAGCCCUGAGGGGAGGAAAAAGUCAAUUCCUGCAUGGGAGGGAAGCCAGAGAACACAGGUAUCCCACAGAACAAUAACAGUUUCCCUUGGCACUACCAUUCACCUGAAUCUCAGAAGCAGUUUCUUUAGCAGGCCUCGCAGGAGAUCUGCAGCUCAGCCCUUGCCAUCACCCAGUUCCAGCUAUUUUUCAAGUGCCACCACAGAGCAUUUGGACAGACAGUGACCCUACAUUUGCACAGAGGUUUGCAGGCAAUUUUGGAAAACCAGUCCUACUCAAGCUUCUCCAGCCCCACUGUGUCACCUGCUCCUUGACAGUGGUCAGUGGCCUCUUGUAGGAGCCCUGGAAGAAGCCUUUCCCCACAGUCCUCCUCAAUUUGCUGAAGAAGGGCCAUGUCUGCCUUUGAUGGGAGGAACCAGAGCAUGCAGCACACAGAGCCUGAGACAGACUGCAUCACCCCUCGGGUGAAGCCAAGGGGUGAGAUGUUUGUCUUUAUUGAUGGGAAAUGGGUGAAUGACAUCUACUGCCAGCCACCUUUUUCUUCCCACCAGAAACUCUUUAGUAAGAAGGCACAGAAUGAGUGGAGCAUCUGGGAGGAGAACAGAGCACUCUGGCAGGAGAAUCAAGUCCUCUGGAUCAAAAACAGGAUGCUCUGGGAAGAAAACAAAGCCCUACGAUAUCUCCAGUCACAGAACAAAUCUGUCCAGGUAAUUUACACUGAUGCUAUUCAGCAAAGCCUCAAGAGCAAAAAUAAGCCAUUUCCACUCUUCCAAGAGAGGAGCACAGGCACUCAGCUCAGCCUUGGCAACAAAGCUCUCCAGGCAGUCCAGGAAAAGAAUAAAACCUUUGAGGAUUUCCAGCAGGAGAAUAAAGCACUCCCUGUUACUUGGAAAGGCCAAAAAGCCAUCACUGUCCAUGAAGAGAGCAAAGAUGCCCACUCAGAUCUUCAGAAGAACAUUGACACCAUCACAGCUGUGGAAAAGGCUAACCCUGGCCCAGUCCCCCAGCAGAAACAUGAAGGUAAAAGGAAGAGCACUACUCCAACUCAGAAUACAAUAGAGUCUGCCCCAAGAAUGCCUGGAGAGCAUGAAAUCCUCCACGUUCUCCAGGACUUAUGUGAGCUUCUCCACACCUUCCUGAAAAUGAACCCUCCUCCUAAGGAGAAACAGUGUUGUCACAAUCUCCAUGACGUGAACAGAUCCUUCCAAGAAGAUUACAAUAAACUGAAGCUGCAGCUGAAUGCUGUGAAAAACACUGUGUCAGACAUUACAGCUCAAAUGGAUGUGCUGGAAAAGGAGAUCAUUGCCAUCACUUCCUCAGUGUUUGAAGAAACAGGACAGAGGCUGGCAACUGAGCAUCAGCUUGGGGACAUGUGAAGCUUGGGGGCAAAAACUGCUAGUUCAUUUCCCAGAAAGCUUUUCCCUUUUUUUCAGGAAACCUAAUAAA